UUGCGUGUGUGCCCGUGUGUGAGUGUGCAUGUGUGUGUAUGCUCUGAUAGAAAGCGAGAACUGUUAAGGAAUCCCCCCCCCAGCUCUCCAAAUGGGGAUACUUGGUUGACGGAGUGCAGCUUUAUGUGUGAAACGGAUCCCCUGUUUGUUUAGGGGAGAGAGCCUAAUCGUAUUGGCCGACCUUUGCUCUCUCUGGCCACACAGAGACGGGGAGUCAGCCGCCCAUUUUUGGCUUUUUACGAGGUAUGGUGACCGAAGCCCUUGACGGUGUCUCUGAGAAGUUACAGUGGACUACGGGGACUGAUAUCUUUAGCAUCAUCUUUCCCAGAGUUAUCACUCUGUGAAAAGCUUUUAUUGGCCCGUGCACUAAUCGGUUUGUUGAUGUCCGAGCUGAAGGGGAAGUGUUAUGCUUGAAACUUUGCAUGCUAUUCUUUCUGUUGUAGCUUUAUAGGCCUACGGCUCCUUUAUUUUAGGUCCUCAAAUAGUAGAUGGAAAAAUAAGAAUUAUAUUAAUGCAAACAGAAGGAUUAUGGACAUGUAAACAUUGAUUGAUCAGGUUGAUUAGUCAGGUUUUGUGUGUUGUUUGAACCGUACAGAGUAUAACAAACGUUGUCUUUAUAGGCUCAGGCUAUUAGAUAAUUUCCCGUCACACAUUCAACUUUUAUAUUUAUACAUGCAGAGAGCUAAGAUUAUGCCAUUUCACACUCUUUUAAAAAAAAUAUAUAUAUAUUUUUUUAAAUGUUCCUAUCGUGGAGAUCCUGUACAUAUAAUUGUCAAGAUGUAUAAUGGUCUGAUGUUGUUUAUCAGGAUUGUUUGCCCUGUUUAUGUUAUCCGGAACUGCAGUUUUGUGUCAUUAUUGUGAGCCCUUCGGUAUGGAUAGAUUCUACUUUUUACAGCAGCACAAAUUUUAUUUUCUUCACUGUGCUAUGUGUGAAAACAACAUUUGCAGCUUACUGCUGAGAAACUUAACAAAAAAACACAUAUUGCAACAAAAAAAUGAAAAGUAGUCCAGAAAGAGACCAUUUUACCAGCCAAAGACAUUUACGGCUGACAAGUUUGAGGUUGCAACACAUUUAUCAGCAAGAGCUAUCUAGCGUUUAGGAUUUCUGUCGCGAGCCCAGACCUUACGUCAUGGAGCUCUGAGUAGAGAGCAGGCCUGGUUACAGUUCAAAGUCCCAUAGGGGCCACGCUUCAAGCCCACUCUGAUUUCUACUGAGUUAAAGAUCCACAAUGCAAGGUUGUGAUGGAUUUUUGAAGAUUGCAGGAAAAAAGCAACAAGGCAAAAGGAGUGAAGGACUGGAGGCAGAGGCGGAGGGAGGAUCACAUUUCUUUAAAAGCACUCAAAUGUUGUUUCAACUCCUGCUUGAUUUCCUGAGGGCCCACUGUUCUGUUUUGGGGUGGGGAGUUUAGAUUUGCAUAUGCUCCACCCCCCCUGUUCUGAUUGGCUGGGUCCUAUCCUGCAUGUUUCAUCACAGAUCCAAACUUCCUCAGUGCUCUCCUUGCUUUACUUUGUAGCUACAGGCUGAUGAAGCGGGACACUGGGAGCCAGCAGCUGUCUGUGAUUCAUGCAGUAAGCUGUGAGUGUGUGUAAGAGAGGGAGGCAAUAGCUCUAUUUAUAGGGUUCUGUAAUUUAGUUAUCUGACUAAACUUAAGGGCUCUAAGGUUGUUGGUAUAAAAGGGAUGUAGGGUUGUCUUUCAUUCAUUUUAAAUCUGUUUUGUUAGGAAAAAUAUUAGAUUGUUUCAUUGCUAGAUUGAGCUGUAAUUGUUGGUAUAUUUUGUGCUGAUACUCAGAGCUUGGUAAAAGUGUAAGAAUAUGGGUAGAUGAGCUGUUUGAUUCAUGGCUUAUAUUGAUAAAUGUAUUUUAUGUUUUGUCGAUUUAUAACUAAAAUAUUUGACUUUUUUACUGUAUCAGGCUAUUUUAAAAGGAUAUAUUUUCUAUCAAUAGUUUAGUUUUUUCACCAGUCAUUAUUUAAAUUGAAGAAGGGGAAAUAAGUUGUUUUUUGUGGGUGUUAGCCAUGCCCUUUUAAAUGCUGGACAGGACAGUAACAUCUCACACAGUCAUGCUGCUGGCUCUACUGCUGGUUCUGUGGCUUAUUUCUGGGGCCCAGUCUUCAGACCCGGCCCCAUUAACUGUCAUGUACCAAGUCUGGGAGGAGCAGCCUGUGGGCACCAGGGUUGGCCGUCUGGUCGAUGACCUGCGUCAGAGAGGCGAGACCGGGGUACUGGAGGAUUUCCAGGUCGUGGAGCAUGGUCAAGCCCUGCCUUUCUCCAUUGAAGUAAGAGAUGGAACUGUCGCCACCCUAGGCCAGCUGGACCGGGAGGAGCUGUGUCGAGGCUCGGACCUGUGUGAGCUGGCCUUCAGUGUUCUCUACAGGAAAGGUGGUGUUAUCCACUUCCUGAGGGUGCGGGUGGAGGUGAUGGACCUAAAUGACCACAGCCCAACUUUCCCCAGCAGCCAGCAGGAGGUGGAAAUCUCUGAGAUGGCCACAUUGAGGAUGCGGAUCCCCCUGGACCGAGCGGUGGACCCGGACGCCGGCCCCAAUGGUCUGCAGACCUACUCGCUGUCCGUUAACCAGCAUUUUGCCCUGGAUGUAAGGAGCGCUGUGGAUGGGCCAAAGCAGGCAGAGCUGGUGGUGAUCAAGGAGCUGGACAGGGAGGUGCAUUCCUCCUUCGAGCUGACUCUGGUGGCCUGGGACAAGGGGAAUCCUCCCAGGUCGGGCAGUACUCUGGUCCAGGUCAACGUCUUGGACUCUAAUGACAACAGCCCCAUGUUUGAGGAUAGCACCCCCACUGUGGAACUAGCUGAGGAUACAGCUCGUGGGACUAGCGUCAUCAACCUCAAGGCCACAGACCCUGACCAAGGGGCCAACGGGGAGGUUGAGUACUCUCUAAGCAAGCAUGCGCCACCUGAGGUGCAGAAGCUUUUCAGUAUCCACCCCCAGAGUGGGGUAGUGACUUUAAAAGGCCAACUGGACUAUGAAGCCAAACACUUUUAUGAGGUGGACAUCCAGGCGCGUGAUCUUGGGCCCAACGCCAUCCCCUCUCAUUGUAAACUACACAUCAAGAUAAGGGAUGUCAAUGAUAAUGCACCAAGGAUCCACGUCACUUGGACACCCCCUGAUUCCCCAGUGGCAACUGUUUUAGAAGGUGCACCAGAGGACACGUUCCUUGCACUGGUGAUGGUCUCUGAUGCAGACUCCGGGGACAACGGGAAUGUGCACGCCCACAUCCAGCAUGGAUCCGGCCACUUCCGCCUCAAGAAAAUCCAUGGCGACAAUUACAUGAUCGUAACCAAUGGCACCCUGGAUCGGGAAAAGGUCAUGGAGUAUAAUCUCACGUUACUUGCCCAGGAUUACGGUGACCCUCCACUGUCAUGUGUGAGACACCUAGUUGUCCAUGUGUUGGAUGAGAAUGACAAUGCCCCUGUGUUCUCCAAGUCCCACUACAGGGCUUCCUUCAAGGAGAACAAUACCGUGGGGCUCCAGGUCCUCAAGGUAGAGGCCAAUGAUGUGGAUAUUGAGCUCAGCGGCAGGGUGUCAUUCUCCAUCCGAGAGUCCAAUGAGCUGGGACCUCCCACGGCGUCUUUCGCCAUCCACCCCACCAGUGGUGUAGUCAGCGCCCAGCAGUCAUUGGACUAUGAGGAGUCGCCCACAUACUCCUUCAUUGUGGAGGCCAUAGACCAUGGGCAUCCACCCCUCACCAGCACCGCCACGGUACUCAUCGAGAUCCAGGAUGUCAACGACAACUACCCCGUCAUCAAGGAGCCGAUGCCAAAGGAAGGCAUAGCCUUUGUGAGUGUCCCGGUCAACGAGGAGAAGGGGGAGAUAGUGACACAACUAGGGGAUGGUGCUGAAGAAGGCUCCACCGAUCCUCAUACUGGUCGCUCUGUCCAAAAUGGAUUUAUGGGAUUCCUGGCCACUACCAUCAAGGCUAAUGAUCCAGACUCUGGCCUGAAUGGAAGACUCAGCUACAUGAUCACAGAUGGAAACCCCACAGGACUAUUCAGACUCAAUGACACCACCGGACAACUGUAUGUUAACACGACCAAUGCUACAGAGCUCAUUGGGAAAACUUUCAAAGUGGAUAUUGCUGUAUCGGACAAGGGUUCUCCAAGGCUAUUGACAAAGUUCACCUUGGAGGUGGCUUUCAUCAACUUGCGGGACCAUUUGAAGAACUCAGCCCCUGGUAACCAUGGUCAGCUGAGUUUCACCAUGAUGGUGGCCAUCUGCCUUGGGGCCAGCUGCAUCCUGCUUCUCCUGACGGUUGCCUUGGUGACCACCUUCUGUCGCCCCACGAAACGAGACAACCAUUCCUACAACUGCAGGACUGCCGAGUCCACCUACACGAGCCACCCUCGCCGCCCGCAGAAAAACAUCAGGAAGACAGACAUCCAGCUGGUGCCAGUCCUGAGGGGACGAAGGGAGGACCCUCCAGAAGAUGACGAAGCCCAGCCCCUCUCCCCUAUGCUCCUGGUGGUUGAAGAGCAAAACACCGAAACACAGUACAGCGUUGCCAACUCCAUGAACCCAACAGUCCCCUCCCAGGCCUACCCUGAGGGGGGAUCAACGCUACCAGUCUCCCAUUCCAGAACACUCAGGAAACCUGGGAGCAUCGAGCUGGACGGCACUCUUCCUUGGACCCCUGCCAUUCCUUACCGAACCCUGCGUAAGGCAAGAAACCCUUCAUCGUCCUCCUCACUGUAUCAGACCAGUACCCUGAGACGACAUGGGAACUCUGAGAUCCAGGUUAGCCCCGACGUUGAAGUGCCAGAAACAUCGUCCCAGGUGGCAACACUUAGAAGGCCCAAGAACACAGAUACCAGAAGUGGACUUGACGCUGAAGACCACAGACGGAUGCUGAGGAACCUGGUCCGUCUCUCCAUGGCUGCCUUCGGAGAGAACUCCAUUGAGUUGUCUGCUGCCUCUCCCGAAGUGCAGCAGGUUUCUCAGCUCCUCUCCCUGCUCCACCAGGGCCAGCUGCAGCCAAGACCAAACUUCCGAGGCAACAAGUUCUCCCAGCGUGCUGGCAGGUCUUACGCUCAGGACACUGAUUGGCAGAGCACCAAGGACAGCGGUCAUGGUGAGAGUGAGGCCGGAGACAUGGACUGGGACAUGGGCCGAGACUCCCCAGUCGACCCGCUACUGGAGGAGGGGCUUAAUAACCUGCUCAACAACCCUGAUGACGUCUUUGCUGACAUAGGGGACCCUGCGUGGAUGUCCCGCCUCUCCCUCCCCCUAACGGCCGACUACCACGAGAAUGUUUUUGUUCCCAAUGGGCCACCGUCCCCUAAAACCCAUUGCUCCCCAGACACCCUUGACUCUGCCUCCUUCUCCACCUUCGGUAAGAAGCCGGAGGAUGGCUCACUGGGCGGGGCCUUGAUCUCAGAGGUCAACACUUUGUUUAAUAUGCUCCUGACCCAGAAAGGCGACUCCCAGCCCCGCCCCUCGCCAGACGUGCUCUACAGACUGUCCGCCACCUACCGGCGCUCACUGGGGCUGGAAGGAGAUACCGCCGCAGCAGGGGGCGCCAACAUACAAAGGAACUCUGUGAACCCCGAAAAGAGGUCCCCCCUGGCUCAAUGCCCUUAGGCCCAACCCCUGGUAUGAGAACAGUUGUCUCAACGUUAUUUGAUCGAUUCUUGUGUGUUUGGAUGCCUAAGACCCCCCCCCCCCCCCCCCUCCCCAAACUGAUGACUUUGUUUUACAUGUUGCUGAAAUGACUGAACUGCUCAAGCUUACAACAGCAACUCCCCUCCUUCUCCCAUUAGGAGAUGUCCAAUACAUGCCUAAGCUCUGACAGCCUGCUUCCCUGUCUGAAACAGGACAAGGUCAGAAGAGGGAGAGGAGUUAACCAAAGGCCUUUAUUCAGUGCUGGAAAAAGCACAAUGUACUAUACAGUACUCCCUACGUAGAAAAGUGUACAUUUACCUUGAGAUAAAUGUUACACAAUGAAACCGUCUUCCUCAUGUGGCACAUACUCCUCUGUAUCAUUCUGAUGCAACGAAGAUUCACUUUCUGUCUCUCGUCAGAAGUGUUUCUCAGUGGGAGCAACAACAUGGUGCUAUCCGUUGUUAGCGUUGUCCAUGGUAUGAAUGGCUGAGUUUAGCAGCCCCAAGCAAAGAGCCCAAGAAGGAAACAGCUCUCUCUCUUCUCUGAAGACAAAACACUAACAACAUUAAGUCCUGUUCCUGAGGAGAAAUGUCUGUCACAAUGGACCUAGUCUGCCGACACUUCCUUCACCACCAUUUUGAGAAAUGUUUCCAUUAUUGAUUACUAUUUGUAUUUACUCACGUAAAUUAUUUAGCUACUGAAAAAUGUAUUUACAGAGGUAUAAAUGUUUGUUUAUGUCUGUGUAGGAAACACUUACAGUACCUUCGGAAAGUGUUCAGACCCCUUGACUUUUUCCACAUUUUUUGUUACAGCCUUAUUCUAAAAUGGAUAAAAUACAACAACAAAAAAUCCCCAGCAAUCUACACGAUGUACCCCAUAAUGACA